GCUAAAACCCUUCCCCCCCGCUCCCAUUGUCAAAACAGUUAAACCCUUCCUCUGGUUUUCUCGCUCCUUUCCUGGGGGGGGGAGGUGUCCCCUGUACUCCUCAUUGAGCUUGACGUCGAUCAAAUCCAGUUCAUAACCAUUCUCUUCUACUGAUCUAUCAUGGAGGAAAACAGAUAGAAGCAGACACAAGAGGGAGAAGGAGAAGAAGAAGAAGAAGAAGAAGAAGAAGAAGAAGAAGAAGAAGAAGAAGAAGCAGAAGAGGAGGAAGCGAGGGUAGGGAAAUCGCAAGAGGAGAAAUUAGAACGAUUCCCAGGGGCACGUGAUGGAUAUUUCGGAAGAUGUGGGCUAUCUAUGGUUGUCACAAGGAUUCCUGGAGAUUGGAUGAAAUUGCUGGUGUUCUGAGAGAUCCUAGGGAGGUAGUCCGAGAUUGGUUUUAAAGGAAAAUUCAGGUGGAUGAAUCAAUUCAAGCUGAAUUACUAGCUUUAAGGGAAGCAGCUACGUUCUUAGCCAAGAUGCAUCAGAUUGAAUCAAAUCAUAUUGUGAUGGAGUGUAACCUACUUUGGUGAUCUUAUGGAUGAAAAACCAAGCAUUUGGCCUAAAGAUUGAGGAUAAUUUCUCGCACUUUCGUAUUCUAAUUGAUUGUCAUAUUGUUAGGGACAAGUUAUUUUACUAUUACCCCAGCAAAUCGGGAGGUUUAACUGACUCACCUGUUAUCUUUUUGUUACGAUGCCUGCUGCUGAACUUAUGGUACCCAAGAGGCUGAAGAUCAAAUUUGGCAACCGGAGAAUUAAAGAGAUCAAUAUUGUUAAUUCUGAAUGUGAUAAAUCUGUUACUACAAAUUCUGUCUCUAAAGUGCGUCCUUCUUCUGAUGGCAAUAAGAAGUCUGUGGUUCAAUCUUCUGGUAGCAAGAAGCUGUCUUCUGUCGACAUUUCAAAUGACCAAUUCUUUGUGCAAGGUGUGAACAAGCGUAGAUCUCAAGAAUUAACUGAGGAUCAACUGAAAAAGAGGCAGAAGAUGGAUCGCAGUUCUACACAGCAGUGUUCCCAUCUUCUUCAAAUUCUGAUGAGGCAUCGGUUUGGCUGGAUUUUUAAUCAACCUGUAGAUCCUGUUAAAUUGAAGAUUCCUGAUUAUUUUUCUGUAAUUUCUAAGCCAAUGGAUCUUGGAACAAUUAAGUCAAAUUUGGAUAACAAUAUUUACCUUGGACUGGAGGCAUUUGCAGCUGACGUCAGACUCACAUUUUCGAAUGCCAUGAUUUACAAUCCCCCAUCAACUGAUGUUCAUCAAAUGGCAAAGGAGCUCCUAGAGCUUUUUGAGUUGAGAUGGAAAUCUGUAGAGGAGAAAGGAAUUGGACGAAACAGUGGUCUGAGAAAAAUUGAUGAGACAAGAGAGAGCAAUCCUAAAACACCUCAAUUGUGCAGGAGUUCCGUGCUGAAGAGGCCAAAACGAGGUGAAAAGGCUGUGAGGAAUUCUGAGGCAUCUACAGUGGUAUCACAGGUUGAGGGGCUUCCUAAAGCAGCUCAGAACCCUGCAACCAAGUUGUUUGGUCAGAGUUUACUUAAAGGUUCAGAUAUCACUUUGGAUAAAUCCCAUGAAGAUCAGCCCUGUGGUGUUGAAGCUUCAGAACAGGCAAGAAGCUUUCCAGCAACACAAAGGAGCAUGUCGGAUUCACAUUCUGAUGGGACAGUGACUUCUGUUGAUGAUGCAAAUGUGUGUUCUGUUUCUCAGCCCACAGUUCCCCUGGCUGAUGCUGCUUCUGGAGAAGGAUUGACAAUCCAAAUGUUUGAUGUUCAAAUGUCACCAAAAAAAUCUCUCCGAGCAGUACUGCUAAAGAGUCGCUUCGCGGACACUAUCUUGAAAGCAAAACAGAAAACACUCCUUGGCCAUAGGAAUAGAGCUGAUCAAGCAAAGAUGCAGGAGGAGAAAGAAAAACUGGAGAAGAGGCACCAGGAAGAGAAAGCUAGAAUUGAAGCCGAAAUCCGAGCUGCUUCAGCUGCCUCACAGAUUGAGUUGAGGAGGCAACGGGAAAGAGAUAGAGAAACUGCUCGAAUUGCACUGCAGAAGAUGGGGAAGACUGUUGAGUUUGAAGAUAAUCUGAAGGUUCUAAAAGAACUCGAGUCACUGUCUAAGUGUUCCUUGUAUUACCCAAUGCGAGGGCGUAAAAAUGGUAGUUCCAAGCAUCCACUGGAGCAGUUGGGUUUGUUUUUGAAGGAUGAUUAGUUUUUUAAGCGAGGAUGAAGAGACAAUUUUGAACGGCAAUAUGGAGGAUGGAGUUAUUUUUGUAUCAAAGUCUCAUUUUCUCUUGAGAAGUUAAAAGAAAUAGUAAUAUCAUUGUAAAUAAACAUUUUUUGUUGAGGUAAUAAGAAUAAUUUUUCUUAUUA